AUGGCACGACGAAGACGACCACCGCGCGCCGGCGCCAUUACCGAGCUGCCACCCCUAAAGAUCCUUGGCCAGAUUGUAAUCCUCCAGGUUCUUUGGUAUGUUAUCGGUACGGCACUGAUACUAUUUACUGCGCUCGUGGCUGGAAGGUCUUUUUCUUUGGACAUGGUGUUGAGCUGGAGGAGUCUGAGAGGUGAUACGACGGUGGGAUGGAUGUUGGGAUUUGUUUGGCUAUUGAAUAGUUUUAUAGGAGUUAUCUCCCUACUUCUCCUCGUCUCCCGCUCCAAACUUAUUCCCGACUUCACCCUAACAAUCCACUUCAUACACCUCCUUAUCACAACCCUCUACUCGCACUCCCUCCCUCGCAACUGGCUCUGGUGGGCUCUUCAAUUCGUAUCCACGUCCCUUAUGACAUUUUUAGGCAUAUGGAGUUGUCAAUGGCGAGAACUGCGACCCAUAAAUUUUGGCUCGAGUACGAAUGCUGCGCAGAAUAACUCGAAUACUGUUACAGAUAAUAGUGGGAUGGAAAGAGAUAUCAGCACCGGCAUGGAAGGAGAAGGUGAUGCGCAAGAUACGGGGGAUGUGGAACAAGGUUACGGAAGGGGAAGAGGGAGAGGGAGGGGAAGAGAUGGGGCGGGGAAUUAUGAGAUGGUUGGGAUGGGAAUAAAGGCGGAUGAGAAUACUAAUCAUGGUUAA